CCAACAAGAUUAGAGCUACAUGUUUGUGUUAAUCUCUUAUUUCAAGUUUCUUGGCUUUUGUUAAAGAAUAUUGUUUGAAUAUGAAUUUAGAUUUAGAUAGAGAAUAUUCCCCAACAUUACAUACUAAACGAUUUCAAAAUUUCGCUAAACCAGAUGAAGAAGUUAUAAAUAAUUUUAUAAAUGUAUCGGAAAAGGCCACCUUAUUAGCCCGGCAACAAUAUAAAACUCGUUUGGAUGUACGUUAUGGAGGAGACAACGACAAUCAGUUAUUGGAUAUUUACUUCAAAGGCCAGGAAGAAGGCACUCCCAUAUUUGUUUAUAUUCAUGGAGGCUAUUGGCAACUAUUGGAUAAAUCUACUUCCGGUCCUCUGGUUUUCCCAAUGAUUGAGCACAAUUACCGCAUCAUCUUAGUGGACUAUAACCUAUGUCCCCAAGUUACACUUGAACAAAUUACCCAACAAAUUUGUAAUUUUUACAAAUGGUUGCAAAAGUAUGCCGUCGAAACUAAAGCACCUAAGAUAUGCAUAAGUGGCCAUUCUGCUGGUGCCCAUUUGUCAUUACAAAUGUUUCGUGAGGAGUUUUUACAGCCUUUAAAACGUUUAAAUCUUAUAGAACAAAUAUUUUUAAUAAGUGGAGUUUAUGAUUUGCGAGAGCUUUGGUGUUUGAAAAGUGUUAAUCCUAAUGAUAUAUUAAAUGUAAAUGCUGACAAGGCUAAGGAAUUGUCACCUUUCUGUUGGUUGUUCAAUAUGGAUUUAUUAGCGGAAUAUCAAAAGCAAGGUCUGCGCAUUCACAUUCUUGUGGGGGAAAAUGAUAGUGAUCGCUUUAAGCAACAAGCUCAAGAAUAUUAUAACAAGUUAAGGGCAUUAAAACUGCAUACAGAGUAUAAGGAAUUUAAGGCAUAUGAUCAUUUUGAUAUAAUAGAGGAAUGUGUUAAUCCUAAAUCAUCUAUAAGUAGUUAUAUACGAGAAAGUUUGCAAGGUAUUUAAAGGAGUAGGUAUUUUAGUUGGAUUUAUGUACAAAAUUUUAACAAAUGUUUGUUAAAAUAAAUAUUGCACUGUCA